ACAUUCGUGGCUUCCGAGGCGAUCGCAUCUUCGUUUUUUGGCCCCAUCACACGCUAUAUAAAAUGCUGGAGUCGUGCUCAAAGGCAGCUCAGUCAAGUCCGUUGCGUCGUCGCAUUUGCACCGCCGAGUCUCGUCUAACACACUCUUGACAACAAAAAAGUCCCCAAUCCUCUGGUACAGAGAGAACAUUCAGUGAUCUACCCAGUGUUGUGUGUUUAAGUGUUUUUUUCAUUUAAUUAAUUUCUUUUCGCGAAAGGAGCUUUCCACGAAUUUUCCGGCUUUCGCUGCACUUUGCACUUUUCUAUUCUUCGUUACUAAUUUAAAAAAGAAAAUCAAAGAUGAGGGAAAUCGUUCACCUGCAGGCCGGUCAGUGUGGCAAUCAGAUUGGGGCAAAGUUCUGGGAGAUCAUCUCUGAAGAGCAUGGAAUUGACUCUACUGGAAUCUAUCACGGGGACAGUGAUCUGCAGCUGGAGCGAGUUAGUGUGUACUACAAUGAAGCUUCAGCCGUUACACGCAUGUCGGGUGGCAAGUAUGUGCCACGUGCCAUUCUGCUUGAUCUCGAACCCGGUACCAUGGAGGCCGUAAGGUCAGGUGCCUACGGGAAGCUCUUCAGACCCGACAAUUUUGUCUUUGGACAAUCCGGGGCUGGAAAUAACUGGGCCAAGGGACACUACACUGAAGGGGCUGAGCUCGUUGAUGCCGUUCUGGAUGUUGUGCGGAAGGAAUGCGAAAAUUGCGACUGCCUUCAGGGAUUCCAGCUCACUCACUCACUCGGCGGUGGCACUGGGUCUGGCAUGGGGACGCUGCUCAUCUCAAAGAUUAGGGAGGAGUACCCUGACCGAAUUAUGAACACGUACUCAGUGGUUCCCUCACCUAAAGUCUCCGACACAGUAGUUGAACCCUACAAUGCUACUCUCUCCAUUCAUCAGCUGGUUGAGAAUACGGACGAAACGUACUGCAUUGACAACGAAGCCUUGUACGAUAUCUGCUUCCGCACCCUCAAGGUCCCCAAUCCCAGCUACGGGGACCUCAAUCAUUUGGUCUCACUCACAAUGAGCGGCGUGACGACGUGCCUGCGCUUCCCGGGUCAGCUGAAUGCUGAUCUGCGUAAGUUGGCCGUGAAUAUGGUGCCGUUCCCGCGACUUCACUUCUUCAUGCCCGGCUUUGCUCCACUCACAUCGCGUGGUUCGCAGCAGUAUCGCGCCCUCACCGUACCCGAGCUCACGCAGCAGAUGUUCGACGCCAAGAACAUGAUGGCCGCUUGCGAUCCACGCCAUGGGCGCUACCUCACCGUGGCAGCCGUCUUCCGUGGACGUAUGUCCAUGAAGGAGGUGGAUGAGCAGAUGUUGGCUGUGCAGAAUAAGAACAGCAGCUACUUUGUCGAAUGGAUUCCGAACAACGUGAAGACGGCUGUUUGCGAUAUUCCACCCAAAGGACUCAAAAUGUCAUCCACCUUCAUUGGAAACACAACCGCCAUUCAGGAGCUGUUCAAGCGAAUCUCCGAACAGUUCUCCGCCAUGUUCAGGCGUAAGGCCUUCCUGCAUUGGUACACGGGUGAAGGUAUGGACGAAAUGGAGUUCACAGAAGCUGAGAGCAAUAUGAAUGACUUGGUAUCCGAAUACCAACAGUACCAGGAGGCAACAGCUGAAGAUGAAUUUGAGCAGGAUGAAGCAGCCGAUGAGAUUGAAGGGGAAUGCGUCUAAAAUCGCAACCAAUGUGCAUUUUUUAUACUCCCAAAAAACACUUAAUUUGUAAUUUUUUUUAAAAAAAAAUAAUUCAUAGCCUCUAAGCUCUCCUAAAAUGCUCCCACGCAUUUAUCCUGCCCCCAAAGCUGCACUAACUUAUUCGCCAGCUAAUCUCAUUAAUUCUGCCAACAUUUAUUUAUGCCCGAAAGUCAUCUAACGUCUUUUCCAAAAAAAAAAAGGAUUUCGUGUGUGCAUUUAAUGUAUAAGGAUAUUUUUUGUAUUAAAAAAAAAUUAAUAAUAGAAUCGUUGUUUCUGCACAAUUCACGCAAUAAAUUGUCGCAAUGAGACAUCAGCAUCACCCAAAGAAUGAUUUUUUUUGUUUCGUUUUCAUGUUUAAUUAUGUAAAGUCUUUUUCUGAGAAAAGAGAACUCUUGUAAUCAUCUAAAAGUGAAAUAAAUUUUUGAUAGAGACUUUCUAAA